AUGACCGCCAACCCGCCACUUGGUAUCGAUGGAGAAUCGAUCCACGAAAUGUUCAGCUCGCAUCAAGGAAUCACUUACAAUGACUUCAACAUUUUGCCUGGCUAUAUCGACUUUCCAGUGGGUGCUGUCUGUCUUGAGACCCAACUCACAAGGGGAAUCAAAUUAAAGGCGCCACUCGUUUCUUCUCCGAUGGACACGGUCACUGAAGCGGAAAUGGCGAUUGCAAUGGCGUUGCAUGGUGGUAUUGGAAUCAUUCAUGGCAAUUUCCCCACUCCCGAAGGUCAAGCUGCUGAAGUUUUGAAAGUUAAACGCUAUAAACAAGGAUUCAUUUCAAAUCCAAAAUGUAUCAAACCGUCCGACACCGUCAAGGAUUUGAUGAUGAUUAAAGCAAAGCAUGGAUUCACCGGAACACCUGUCACAGAAAAUGGACAUCCUGGGGGCAAAUUGAUUGGCCUUGUUACUUCCCGAGAUGUCGAUUUUAUUCCAGAGAGCCGUUACGUAACGACUCUUAUACAAGAUGUGAUGGUUCCACGCGACAAGCUCAUGACUGGACACGAGAAAAUUGCUCUCAAAGAAGCUUAUGAAAUUUUGGAACUCGAAAAGAAAGGAAAACUUCCAAUCGUUGACAGCGAUGAUCAUCUUGUUUCAUUGAUUGCGCGUACCGAUUUGAAAAAGGCUCGAGAAUUUCCAUUAUCGACUUAUGAUGAGAAGGGACAACUUCGCGUGGGAGCUGCGAUUUCAACACGAGAAAACAGCAAAGAAUCAGUUUCUCUUCUUGCUCAAGCCGGCGUUGACCUCAUUGUGAUUGAUUCGUCGAAUGGUUCUUCUAUGUAUCAAGUCGAAAUGUUGCAACACAUCAAGAGCAAACAUCCUGAAAUCCAAGUCAUCGGUGGAAAUGUGGUGACACAAGCACAAGCAAAAUUGCUUAUUGACGCUGGCGCCGAUGGAUUGCGUAUUGGAAUGGGUUCGGGAUCAAUUUGUAUCACUCAGGAAAUUAUGGCCGUUGGUAGAGCUCAAGGAACCGCUGUGUAUCAAGUUGCAAGAUAUUCGCGCUCUAGAGGAGUUCCAGUGAUUGCUGAUGGCGGAAUUCGGGAUGUUGGCUAUAUAACGAAAGCUUUGGCUUUAGGCGCAAGUGCGGUGAUGAUGGGUGGACUUCUAGCAGGAACUACCGAGGCUCCAGGUGAGUAUUUCUGGGGAGCGAAUGGAGUGCGUCUGAAGAAAUAUCGCGGAAUGGGAUCACUCGAUGCAAUGGAGGCACAUGUAACCAGCCAAGAUCGCUACUUCACAAGUGAGGCCGAUCAAAUCAAAGUUGCCCAGGGAGUCUCGGCGACAAUGCGCGAUCGCGGAAGCAUUCACAAAUUUGUGCCAUAUUUGAUACGAGGUGUUCAACAUGGUUUUCAAGAUGUGGGAAUAAGAUCACUUAGCCUCUUGCAUGAAAAAGUGGAAAACGGAGUAGUGCGUUUCGAGCGUCGUUCUCCAAAUGCGCAACUCGAAGGCGGUGUACAUUCAUUGCAUUCAUAUGACAAGCGGCUCUAC